UGUAAAUAUAUUGUCUUGGUAUAACCAAAAUUUUUUCCAAGAAAAAGAGUUUAUUAAAAACAAAGAAAUUAUAAGUGUAUAAAACUACUACUACUAAAAAAAAAGUGGAAUGCAUGGAUGCAGCUAAUAAAACCUUAUUUUGUUAAUCAUGUUUGACAAUAAUGAUGACCGUGUUUCAUCAACUGAUUUUGUUCGACUUAAGCAGCAGGAGAGACUUGAAAGGAUGCAGGCAAAGAAAAAAUCAUUGGCAGCAGUUAAAAUCCAAGCUGUUGUGAGAAUGUUUAUCUGUAAAAAAAAAGUUUCAAGUCAGCUGAGAACUGAGUUUGAUUCAUUGCUACACAUUAAAAAGUCUAAGACAGGGAUAACAGCUAUGGCACUUUUUUCUAAUGCUCGCAAGUUACUUUUCAUCUACAAAGAAAAAACUGACGAAAAGAGAUUUCAAUGUUUAUGUGAAGCUAUUAUAACAAAUCUUGAAUCUGGCAAGGAACCAAAGUAUUGGUAUAUGUCAGUAAUGUUAAUAAAAGAUUUUACAACUUUGUGGGUUUCAUCAUUAAAGAAAAUAUUAUAUAUAUGUUUUACAUUGCUUAAAAGUCCAACUGCAGCUGUAAACUCUGGAAAAAAUGGAACAAGUCUUUAUUUAGCCAUGUUAGUUACAUUCACAGAUUCUUCAAGUUGGAAAAUUUUAAAAAUAAAAGGAGGUGAAAACAUUGCUCCUAUCAUGCAUCAGUUGUGCAACAGUUUGAUUACAGACUUAAUUUCAAGAGGCAUGAUAAUGUGUUUAGAGGAGUUCUUAAUGAAUGGAUUAUGUCGCGCCAGCAUAUCUCUGAAUGGCACCAUUAUAUCGGCAACAAAUACAUUAUUUUUUAGAUCAUUCAAGACUUUAUCUGAAAGUGUACCAACAAUGCAUUUUAUUGUACAUGUUCUCUCUAUACCUGCAUACAUAUACCACUUGAAUCAAUUGGCACCUGAGAGUGGAGGAAUUCUAAAGGAAAUAUUUCCAAAGACUAUCGAAUAUCUUUAUAACUAUGAAAAUUUAAAACAAAUUUACACCAAACUUGAUGUUAAUCGAUCACUUUGUGUUGUUGGUAAUUUAGUUUAUCUGUUUCACCUAAAUACUGAGCAGUUUCAAAAGUUGAAGUUUCAAUUAAAGGUGGUUUUAAUUGGGCUAUUAAAGAACAUUCAACUGUGCGUUGGAAAACAAUCAGGCAAUUCAAAAUGGAAUCCAAUUUUUGGAUGGUACAAUGAGGUUUCCACCAGUUGUUCGUUGAAUGAAGCAUAUGUUCAUAUAAUAAAACAAAUUAAGGUUUUAUGGCAUCACCAGUUAAUCAAAUGUUUUUUUGAAAAUUUACCGUCAUCCACUGAGUCAGAAGGACUUGUUGUUCAAGAAAGUGAGAAUCAAUCUAAAGGUCGUUUACUUCGAAGAGCCUUCAUGAAAACAUUUAAGAAACCUUCUGAAACUUUAGAUCUGAAUGAACCAAUAGUAAUGGAUAUUUGCACAUCAUGUGAUUUAUAUCGCACUUUGACUGUAUCUUUGAUUCAACUUAAAAUGGAAAUUGUUGCAGCAUUGAGUUUGCAAGAGGAAGUGCUUGUGCGUUUAUGGAAGUUUGUUUACUCACUUGGGCCUGGAGCAGGCCUAAAAAGUAUUCUCAAUUAUAUAAUGGGUAACUCUGUGACUUUACCUGCACCAUUGUCAUCGCUACUUGUAUUGUUUUUUGAAUGUUCUCUGCAACUACUUCCAAUCCUUGAUGAUAGUGAAUUAUAUGAGAAGCAAAAGCCGUUUUCGCUUGAUGAUCUUGUGAAAUUGUCAGCAUUUUUAAAUUCAAUGGUUUUCAAGAUGAUAUGGCUAUCAUCUGCAACAACAUCAAAUCAAGAAAUUCUUGGUGGUGAUGUUAAAAAAGCUGCUUUGCAGUUGCUAUUGUUGAUCCAUGAUCGUGAUUGUAGAAAACAGUUUACACCUAACAACCAUUGGUUGGUUAAAGAACUGAAAGUGAGUCAAUUUCAUUUUGAACUUAUGGAAAAGGUACCAAGAGCACUAGCUGUGCUAAAAGAUAUUCCUCAUGUCAUUCCUCAUAUGGAGAGAAUGAAGAUAUUCUAUAAUUGGAUAAGUGAAGAUAAAAAAUCACUUGGUAUAGAUAAAGAAUGCUCACACCCAUCUGCAUUAAUUUCUAUAAACAGAUCACAUUUGUUAGAGAAUGGUUAUGAGCAACUAUGUAGGUACACUGGUACGCAACUAAAAGGAAUCAUACGUGUUAAGUUUGUUAAUGAGCAUGGCUUGGAUGAAGUUGGUAUUGAUCAAGAUGGUGUUUUUAAAGAGUUUUUAGAAGAUGUAAUCACUGAAGCAUUUAAUCCAGAAUUAAAUCUUUUUAAAAUGACAUGUGGAGAAGAACAGCGAUUGUAUCCUUCGCCUACAUCUUUUCUUCACGAAAAUCAUUUACAAUUGUUUGAAUUUGUUGGAAAGAUGCUAGGAAAGGCAUUGUAUGAGGGUAUUUUGGUUGAUGUUCCCUUUGCAUCAUUUUUCUUAAACUAUAUGUUGCAACACAAACAUUCCCCUAUGUAUAGUUCAAUUGAUGAGCUUCCGUCACUUGAUCCUGAGAUGUACAAAAAUUUAAAUUUCAUUAAAACUUACAAUGGGGAUGUAUCUGACUUAGAGUUGGUAUUUGCUUUUGAUGAAGACGUUUUAGGACAGAUGGUGACGCAUGAUUUAAAGCCUGGAGGAAGAUUUGUUAGUGUCACUAAUUCAAACAAAAUGACAUAUAUUCAUCUAAUGGCUCGCUAUCGACUUCAUACUCAAAUCAAGCAACAAAGUGCUGCCUUUGUUCAGGGUUUUCUUAGUAUUAUUUCACCAGAGUGGCUUCGUAUUUUUUCAGCUCCGCAGUUGCAGCGUUUGAUAUCUGGUGAUACAGAAAAUUUUGAUCUAGCCGACUUAAAAAACUACACUCGUUAUUAUGGUGGAUACCAUGCCUCUCACCAAACUAUAGUCUGGUUGUGGGAUAUAUUAAGCAAUGACUUUACUCUGCAAGAAAAGAAACUUUUUUUAAAGUUUGUAACAAGCUGCUCCAAUCCGCCUCUUCUUGGUUUUAAACAUCUUGAACCACCAUUCUCAAUUCGUUUUGUAGAUUCCUCAGAUGAAGAUGAUAAUGGUGAUACACCGACAAGUAUUGUUCGAGGGUUAUUUAGUUUACGAAAACGUGGCACUACAUCUUCGGCCCGCUUACCAACUAGUUCAACAUGUUUUAAUUUGUUAAAGCUACCAUGUUAUAAAAAAAAAAGUAUAUUAAAGGAAAAGUUGAAGUAUGCUAUAAAAUCUGGUGCUGGUUUUGAAUUGUCUUAAUCUUUCAUUGAAUCUGAAGAAUGAUAUUUAAGUCAAUAAAACUAGGAAAAAUUUCUUGUGUUGUAAUAAAUAAGGAUUUAUACAAAUAAAUAUGGAACGUA